AGUACAGACAGGCAGCUCGCUGGGAUUGAGACACGGCCCUGCUGCAGUUCAGCGUGUGCUCCACAGGGGGCGUUCCCUCAGCUGAUCUCGAGACUGGAGCGCGUUCAUCAUCAUCAUCAUCAUCAUCAUGUCCACGGCGGAUCACACAGUCAUGCACGGCAUCUGGGGCAGGAACGCGAUGGAGACGCCGAAGAACAAGGGCUUCAGUCUGAUCAGGAUGAUGUCUCCGAAUUACAGGAAGGAGAACAAGAAUCUCGCACAGCAGCAUCACAACAACAUGCCCUUCAUGAUUCACUGCCACAUCGGUAAAGAGAUCAAACACAUAUGCAGCAACUGCAGCCGCGGCAGCCACGCGCAGCACGAGGAGGUGGAGAAACUGGCCUCCAUCCACCCCGAGUCCCUGGUGUCCGGAUCACACGCGGCACCCAUCCACUGCAGGAGCAGGUUUGCCACUCUGGGACGCCUCUUCAAACCCUGGAAGUGGAGGAAGAAGCAGAGCGAGAAGUUCAAGCAGAGGUCAACCGCUCUGGAGAGGAAGAUGUCUGUGCGUCAGAGCCGAGACGAGCUGAUCAAGCGAGGAGUGCUGAAGGAGAUCUUUGAGAAAGACUCCAGAGCGACGGCUGUGACCCCAGAGAACAGACUGCUGUCUGACUGUGAGAGGACCGCAGAGGACAGACAGAGGACCGCCACCGUUGAGUUCCGUGCGGCUCUGGACGGUGGACUCCGUGCUCAGGAAAACACGCUCAAGUCGCUCACACUUCCUCCCAAGAAAACCGUCACCUUCCCCAGUGACCUUCAGGAGCCACCGGCCAAACCUCAGCUCAUCCACAAACAGCCUCCUGCCCUGCCGCCCAAACCCUUCUCCAGACUGACCAAUCACAGCACAGGUGAGACACACACACCUCCAGACUGACCAAUCACAGCACAG